CAACCAGUUGCAGAAGAGAAAAACCGAGCCAGUGCAAGUUAAAACGUCUAUGGAUAAUUUUGAAAAAUGUAUUGUCGAUGUGAGAAAUAAAAUUGAUGACAUGAUAAAUGAAGCCAAAAGUAUUUGCACUGAACCUCUGGGCAACAAAAGGAGACGACGUAAUGAUAGCAGUCACGAUCACCGAGUUGCCGCAUUAGAAGUAUGCGACAAUAUAAUUUCAAUUCAAUGAUCAUUUGGUAGCCGCAUCCCUUUUUUUCCCCGAACACUUUGGAGAAUACUGUGGUAUGUUUCCUGAUGACAAGUUGCAAACUACCUGCUUGGCUUAUCCCGAAUUAGAAAAAAGUCGUUUAAAGACAGAGUUGUCUGUUAUUUAUGCACGGAAUGAUUGCCGAGAUUUACAUGGAAC